AUGCUGCGCGACGGCGUCAUCGAGCCCGUCGACUGCUCCGAGUGGGCCUCACCUCUCGUACCGGUAAGCAAGGCUGAUGGUUCCUUGAGAAUUUGUGCUGACUACAAAGCUACAGUCAACCCGGCGCUUGUGGUAGACCGCUAUCCGUUGCCAAAAGUAGACGAUUUGCUGCAGUGUGAACAAGCGUUCACAGAGGUUAAACGACUUUUGGUUAGCGCGGAAGUUUUGAUGCACUAUGAUCCUAGUCUGCCGCUCACAGUGACCUGCGACGCGAGCGCGCGGGGCGUGGGGGGCGUGCUCUCGCAGCCGAUACGUGCGACGUACGACGAGAACGGAGCGGACGGGCUGUCGCGGCUACCUGUGGCCGCCGGCGGUAAACAGAUGAGUCAUGCGUCUAGUAAUGCACCGGCGCCCGAGCAAACGUAUUUACAUUUUAUUCAACAAGAACUAUUGUUAGACUAUAAUGUUAUUAAAAGUAAAACGUCGCGUAAUCCGCUUCUCGCUAAAGUUUUGAGUUAUUUACGAGACGGAUGGCCGUCGGAUUGUGAGAUUAUGAGUAUGAAGCCGUAUUUUAAUCGUAAAGACGGGUUAUACGAAGAGUUAGGGUGCGUUAUGUGGGGUCAUAGGCUGGUAGUACCGGACGAGUGUAGGGAGAGGGUACUACGCAUGAUCCACGAACCCCAUAUGGGAAUAGUAAAAUCGAAAGCUUUAGCUCGCAGUUAUGUGUGGUGGCCGGGGGUGAACGAGGACGUGGAGCGGUUAUGUCGGGAGUGCGCGGUGUGUGCCUCGCAGGCGGACGCGCCGCCGCGCCAGACCCCGCGAAUGUGGCCCUGGCCAAACCGGCCCUGGUCUAGAGUUCACUUAGAUUUCCUAGGACCAAUUUUUGGCAAAACUUACCUGGUUUUAGUCGACGCCAUGUCUAAAUGGAUAGAAGUUUGUCAGGUUUCUAGCACAGCGGCAACUGGGACUAUAGGAAAGAUUAGCGAAUUAUUCAGUAGAUGGGGUUUACCUAAACAGAUAGUUACAGACAACGGACCGCCGUUUUUUAGCGCGGAAUUCGCAAAUUUUGUGAGUAGCCAGGGUAUUGAGCACAUAUUUUCGCCACCGUACCAUCCGGCUUCAAACGGUUUAGCGGAAAAUGCUGUAAAAUCGUUAAAAAGAGUUAUUAAAAAAGCUAGUGCGGAGAAACAAGACAUAGAUAAAGCCUUGUGUACGUUUUUGUUGCAUUAUAGGAAUACUGAGCACUCGACAACUGGGGAAAGCCCGGCUAUGUUGUUACUAGGCAGACGGUUACGUACAAAAUUAGAUGCACUGAAACCGAAUAGGGAGGGUAAAGUCAGGGAAGCGCAGCAACGUCAAAAGGUAGCGGCAAAAGGAAGUAAUAGGGAGCUUAGGCCAAAUGAAACCGUAUGGUAUAGGCAGUACUUAAAGUCACAGAAGUGGGCAUCGGGCCAGGUGGCCGAGUGCGUCGGGCCUAGUAACUAUAAGAUCAGGGAUAAGCAUGGGGAGGUCUUACAUAGGCAUAUCGAUCAACUGAGACGGAGGACGGGUGGACGUUCAUCGCUCGCUUGCCCUGAUACAGAAUUUAAUACCAGCCAAAACGAGUCUAGCACAAAUUCUGAACCACAGAUAGCCUUGCCGGAUGCGGGGGAUGCGGCCCAAUCGGAGGAGAUAAACGACGAAGCCGGGAAGGCUGAGACGCCCCUUAAAGGGUCGGUAGUCAGUGGGUUGAACAGGAGGGAUGCUCCUGCGUCUCCCGAGUUCCAGGACGCCUUGCCAACUGUGACUACACCACCUCCUAGUCGUCCUGUAUUGCGCACGCAUUUGGCUUGCAGCCAGCAGGAGAUCUCACCCGAGUGGGCGUCAUCUUGCUCAUGA